AAACAAGCUCUUGACUUUAUGAACACGACUGGUCCACAAAUAUAAGGUCUCUAACGAAAUAACUUAUUGACAAAGGCGUUCCUUAUUAUUAUAAAACACAUCACCGCGAAGCGAUCGAGGAAAAUGAAGUUGGAGCUCUUUGUCUUUGUUGUCGUGCUGCUCGCUUUAGCUGGUGGAAAUCCUGUUGUAACAGGUGGAUUUUGUCAUAAUUGUGGUCAUGGAGGAAUGGGCGAUCUGGAAGURAAAGAAAUGUCACCUUUGUGCACGGAAAAAGAAAACGCGGGAAAUCCUCUUUGUGCAACACGUGAAGAACACAAGCCGGAAAUUACGAAAAGAGACGAYGUGAUCUCAUUGGAUGAUCUGUACAAAGGGAACUAUGGUUACGAGAAGAACAUGUACAACCAAAGACAUCUUAUGGUCUAUGAAUAAAUAAUUCGUUUAUAAAAUAGCACAGGGUUCCCGGAACGGAAAAUGGCUGCAAUGCCCAAAUCAGUUAGAAGAUUAGAAAUAUAUUAUAUAACAGUUUUCUUUACUGUUUGAUUGCUGUUUUCGUUAAGAAACAAAAAUGAAAAURUCAAAUAAAAAAUGAUCAAAACGAAUCAAAGAGCAAAAACUGGUAUCUUUAAAAUUACAGUUUGUGAAAGGCAUAAAAGAUUCAGUGAAUAAGAUUUUGAAUCCA